AUGGCGCUUUGCAGCAAUAGAGUGUAUGGUAUGUUUCAGGCCUCUGUGGUCUUUGAGGAUGUGGCUGUGAACUUCACCCCAGAAGAGUGGGCUUUGCUGGAUCAUGGUCAGAGGAACCUCUUUAAAGAUGUGAUUCUGGAGACCUGCAGGAACCUGUCCUCCGUGGAGAAGCGGAAAUUUCACAGCAGUGGAGAUCUGACCCAAAUGCAGGAAGGGCUUUUGAGCAGUCCUUUGUUGGAGAGUGUCUGUGAACGUUUUGAAGGAGAUCAAUGUGGAGAAACCCUGAACUCGAUUACAAGUCUUACUGUGCAUGAGGGGUGUCCUACUGGAGGCAAAUCCUGUGAAUGUGCUAAGUGUAGGGAAACCUUCACAGAUGGUUUUUUCCUAGGGAAUCUGGGAAGAUCUCACCCAGGACUCAAAUCUAGUCCCUGUGAGGAAUGUGGGCCGGCCUGUAGCUCCGUCUCAAGCCUCAGCACUCAGGUGGGUGCAGACCUUGUAGAGAAAUCCUAUGAAGGUCAGGACACCGGGAGAGCAUCGGAGACAUACGCAAAGAGUCUGAGUAGUAAAAAAUCUCUAGAGUGCAAGAAAUGUGGAAAAGCUUUCACUUGCAUUUCUUCUUUUCAGGGUCAUGUGCAAAAUGACCGUGUACAGAGGGUCCAUGCAUGUGACAUGUGUGGGAAAACCUUCUUAUAUCACUCCUUCCUUACACGUCAUAUGAGAACUCACACUGGGGCUAGAACCUCUCAAUGUCAGGAGUGUGGGAGAGCCUUCGGGUAUAAGUCAAGCCUGCAAAAACAUGUGCGGACCCACACUGGGGAAAGACCCUAUGAAUGUAAGGAAUGUGGGAAAUCUUUCCAGAGGUAUGGUCAUAUUAAACGUCACAUGACCACUCACAGUACGUUGAAAACCUAUGAAUGUAAGGAGUGUCGCAGAUCCUUUCGGGAUCAAUCAUACCUGCAAGUACAUAUGAGGACGCACACUGGGGAAAGGCCCUUUGAAUGUCAGCAGUGUGGAAGAGCCUUCCGGAAUCACACAGACCUGCGAGUGCAUAUGAGGAGACACACUGGAGAAAGACCGUAUGGAUGUCAGCAAUGUGGGAAAACCUUCAGAUAUCAUUGGAAUCUGCGAAAUCAUGUGAAGAUACACACGGAGGAGAGACCCUAUGAAUGUCAGGAGUGUGGGAAAACGUUCAGGUAUAAGUCAUGCCUGCGAGAACAUAUGAGGACGCACACUGGGGAAAGACCGUAUGAAUGUCAGGUGUGUAGGAAAACCUUCAGAUAUCAUUGGAAUCUGCGAGAACAUGUGACAAUACACACAGGGGAGAGACCCUAUGAAUGUCAGGUGUGUGGGAAAACCUUCAGGUAUAACUCAUGCCUACGAGACCAUGUGAGGACACACACUGGCGAGCAACGCUAUAAAUGUGUGCAUUGUGGAAAAGCCUUCAGUCGUAAGUGCACCCUUGUACUACAUACUGUGAGAAAUCACGCAGGGGUGGAAACUUGGAAUGUAAGGAGUGAGGGGAAGCUUUCAGGAAACAUCGACCUCUGA